AUGCUCCCCCCAACAAGCGCCCCGAGCAGCACAGUCCGUCGCGCCAUCACCAACGGCAGCCGGUCUACACCAACUCCCGAGAAAAUCAACGCCGUCCCCACCGCCGCCCCAAUCUCCUUCGCCUCCCCCCACCCAAGCCGUUCCAGCCCCUCCUCGAUCCCAGUCAACCCAAGCGCGAGCACCGUCAGCCGGCUCGCCUCCACCCCAGCACCCUUCAGCCCGCCCAGCAUCACCCGGAACCUCAGUGACGCCGUCCGCCCCCCUCGUAUGAUCCCAAUCCCCGCCCCCACCACAAACGCUGCUCCGGGGAUCAUCAUCAUCCGUCGUGGUAUGUUCAAUCGAAUGGCAUUCUUGCUGCGCUCGUCGUCGAUGUCGCCCGCGAUCGACACUGUCUCAUAA